UGCAGGGUGAUGACACAGACACAAAGCAGAGAUUGUCAAGUGUCUUGAAACUAGCCACUAAUACAAAAACACUAGCAGAGAAACAAGUUUGUUUAGUAAUAAACUAUAUUCUUAAUCUGAAAAUAAAUAUAAAAGUUUUUUUAUGUUAUAAAAGAAAAAGUCCAUAAAAGUAGCUUGCAAUAUAUAAAGAAGAAAGGAGAAGCAUUGUUCAGUGACUAAUAAUGCCUCAUAGGCUUCCAGAGGUGCUAUUUGAAGUGUGUGAGUCAAAAAAGAAUGUUAUCUUAAAUUCCAGACAAACAGGUGAGCCUGGGGGUAUGUCCUGUGCAUUUCUUGUCUUCCCUCUGUUUGCUUUUUCUAUUCAGUGAGACUUACGUAGACCUGCUAACUUUCUCUUUACACAGUAAGCUCUGCCUUCCCUGCUGUGAGGAACUGCAUAGCGCUAGCUUCAGAUAGACCCAGGAAGACAAAACCUACUAGGAAUGAUAUCAUCACUUUCUCCUUCCUUGUAUUCAGAUCAUCCCAGAGCAAAUUUUCUUACGUCAGUAGAACUGAGAAAGGAUUUUGGCCCUGAAAUGUUUAAAUGCUACUUAAUGCCGGCAUAGUUUGGCUAACAAACUGUAGUCUGUGAAACUGACCGCCACCACCCUCAAAUUUAUUUUCUGGACAAACAAGAAGUUUUUCAUCACUGUGUUUUGAAGAGUUGACCCCCAACAACUGACACCCACAAGCACACGCUCUGGCAGGCUGAAGCUCCUCCAGGGAUCCAUUUAAUCUGCGCAGCUGAAUAUGGAUUGUUGCUGUUUUGUAUAAAACCAUAUGAGAGAUUACAUCUUCCUUUCUACAAGCCCACACAGAUGGUGCGAGUGACUAACAGAUGCCUUGAUUUUUACACAGCCUACACACUGAUGUCAUAAGAAGAGACUAAUACCUCGGAGGUGUUCUGAGAACGAUGCCACUGAGAGUCUCCUGAAAAUUCAAGCAUUAUAAUACAGAAUAAAAGCCAUGUUUGGAUGUGCGUUAAGGGCACCUCACAUUCACUAUGACCCACAAGCAUGAGAGCAGUGCCAGACAAAGCAGGUUUUUCUCUCUAAGAGAUGCAUCUGGAAUAUAUCAGGGCUCUCCCUUGUAAAACAUGCAUCCAGGCUUCCAUACAGCUGAGAUGUGCUGCUUUGGGUGCUCCCAGGAUGUCCCCUUCUGCCCAACCUGUGCCAUCCCUCAGCCCCUAUGGUGGAGUGCUGUGGGAGUGUGUACGGCCUGAUGACAGAGUAUCAGCCAUGGUCAAACUGCAGCUUCAAGCAGAAGAAAGAGGAGUGGUAUCAAUCAAAGGAGUAAGUGCAAACCGUUUUCUGGCUAUGAAGGAGGAUGGCAGAUUGCUGGCACUGAAAUGUGCAACAGAAGAAUGUUUCUUUUUUGAGCGCUUGGAAUCUAAUAACUAUAACACUUACCGGUCACGGAAGUACUCUGAUUGGUACGUGGCACUGAAAAGAACUGGACAGUACAAGCCUGGACCAAAAACUGGACCUGGACAGAAAGCUAUCCUUUUUCUUCCAAUGUCUGCUAAAAGCUGAUUUGCAUGGCGGGUUCUGAACACACGCCACACUACACUUUAACAGGCAGAGUUUCCUACUGCUCACCAAACUAGUAAGAAUAGAAGCAGUUAUUUGCUGAUAUCAGCUAGUUUUUGCAGAAAGAUUAAAACAUGAAUGUUUCUUCCUGUCUUCAUACUGCUCUGUAAACCUAUUGUGCCAGUGUGUGUGGAGCUAAAAUUACAUAGAGAAUCUAUUUUCAGGAUCAAUAACGCUCUA